UGGAGGCAGCGAAGAGGAUGUGUGCGUCUCUUCAAACGGGCUUGAUUGCGUGUUUGCUAAUGUUUUGAACGAGGGUGGAUUUCUUACACUUUAAAACGUCCAAGAUCACACCUUCUACUGAAUUGAAUGCUUACGAGUCCCGAUCAUUCUGAUGGAAUUAUGUUGACAAUUCUGUAAUAUCAUUUAUUCUGCAAAUAUCUUUGAUCGCGACCAGAGAAGAAGACACUAUUAGCUUGCUCUAAUUAUAACGUUGUUACUUUAGGCUCCUUAUUCAGUAUAUGCUACUACUGUCAACUGGAAUACACAAAGGAACAAGGUGGAAUAGUUUUUCUUCGUCCUAUUUCUGUUCUGCAACCCACAGAAGACCUGCUGUUGUAGGCCUAUGUGUUUCAAGUAAUGGAAGAGAGGUGUUUCAUUUUUUGACAAUCAAAUGUCAUAGUCAAAACGUACAGGACCGAGAGGGUGAGUGAGAUUGCCUAGCAGUAGCAGCGAUGUCUCAACUGUACUACAGGAGGACAGACAACUCCUCCUACAGGGACCGGAUCCCUCUGAGGAUUGUCAGGGCCGAGUCUGAACUGUCUGGCCUGGAAAGGAACUACCUGGGAGCAGUGGAGAAAGGAGACUAUGCCUCGGUCAAACAGGCUCUAGAGGAGGCAGAGAUAUACUUCCGGAUCAACAUUAACUGUAUAGACCCUUUGGGCCGCACAGCCCUGCUGAUUGCUAUAGAGAAUGAGAACCUGGAGAUUAUAGAGCUGCUGCUCACCUAUAACGUGUACGUUGGUGAUGCUCUCCUACACGCCAUCCGUAAAGAGGUGGUGGGGGCCGUGGAACUGCUGCUCAACCACAAGAAGCCCAGCGGGGAGAAACAGGUUCCUCCCAUCCUAUUGGACAAGCAGUUCUCUGACUUCACUCCUGACAUCACACCCAUCAUCCUAGCAGCUCACACCAACAACUAUGAGAUCAUCAAACUGCUGGUGCAGAAGGGGGUGUCUGUGCCCCAGCCACAUGAGGUGCGCUGUAACUGCAUGGAGUGUGUGUCCAGCUCUGAUGUGGAUAGUCUUCGUCACUCCCGCUCACGUCUCAACAUCUACAAGGCCCUGGCCAGCCCAUCACUCAUAGCCCUCUCCAGUGAAGACCCUUUCCUCACAGCCUUCCAGCUCUCCUGGGAACUGCAGGAACUCAGCAAGGUGGAGAAUGAGUUUAUGUCGGAGUAUGAGGAGUUAUCUCAGCAGUGUAAACAGUUUGCCAAGGACCUGUUGGACCAAACCAGAAGUUCCAGAGAACUAGAGCUGAUCCUGAACUACAGAGAUGACAUCAACCCUCUACUGGAUGAGAACACCAACGAUCUGGCCAGACUCAAACUGGCCAUCAAAUACACACAGAAAGAGUUUGUAGCCCAGCCUAACUGUCAGCAGCUGCUUGCGUCACGUUGGUACGAUGAGUUCCCUGGGUGGAGGCGUCGUCACUGGGCAGGGAAGUUCCUAACCUGUGUCUUCAUCGGCCUCCUCUUCCCCCUCUUCUCCCUCUGCUACCUGGUCUCUCCUAAGAGCCGCUAUGGACACUUCAUCAGGCAACCCUUCAUCAAGUUUAUCUGCCACACAACAUCGUAUCUCACCUUCCUGUUCCUCCUGCUGCUGGCCUCCCAGCACAUCGUCUCUACAGACCCCAACAGACAGGGGCCGACUCCUACUGUGGUGGAAUGGAUGAUACUGCCCUGGGUACUGGGCUUCAUCUGGACAGAGAUUAAACAGAUGUGGGAUGGAGGGUUCCAGGACUACAUCCAUGACUGGUGGAACCUCAUGGACUUUGUUAUGAACUCUCUGUACCUGGCUACCAUUUCUCUGAAGAUCGUUGCCUAUGUCAAGUACAGUGGCUUCAGGGCCAGGAACGAAUGGCAGAUGUGGCAUCCUACCUUGGUAGCAGAGGCUGUGUUUGCCAUCGCUAACAUCUUCAGCUCCCUCCGCCUCAUCUCUCUGUUUACAGCUAACUCCCACCUGGGACCUCUACAGAUUUCUCUGGGCAGGAUGCUGCUGGACAUCCUUAAGUUCCUGUUCAUCUACUGCCUGGUGCUCCUGGCCUUCGCUAACGGGCUCAACCAGCUCUACUUCUACUACGAGACAGACGAGGGACUGAAGGGAUGCAAGGGCAUCCGCUGCGAAACACAGAACAACGCUUUCUCAACGUUGUUUGAGACACUCCAGUCUUUGUUCUGGUCUAUCUUUGGGUUGAUCAGUCUGUAUGUGACCAACGUGGAGGCAGACCACCAGUUCACAGAGUUCGUAGGGGCCACCAUGUUCGGAACCUAUAAUGUCAUCUCUCUGGUGGUUCUACUCAACAUGCUGAUCGCCAUGAUGAACAACUCAUACCAACACAUCGCUGAUCAUGCAGACAUUGAGUGGAAGUUUGCAAGAACCAAGUUGUGGAUGAGUUACUUUGAAGAGGGAGGGACUCUACCUUCUCCAUUCAACAUCAUCCCGAGCCCCAAGUCAAUCUGGUACUUCAUCUGCUGGAUCAGGAAACACAUCUUCAAGAUCACCAGGGCCAAGAAAACAGAAACAUUUGGAACCAUAGGGAGACGGGCUGCUAUAAAUGUAAGAAUAAACCACCAGUAUCAGGAGGUUUUGAGGAACCUGGUGAAGAGAUAUGUGGCAGCCAUGAUCAGAGAUGCCAAGACAGAGGAAGGACUGACUGAGGAGAACUUUAAGGAGCUGAAGCAGGACAUCUCCAGCUUUAGGUAUGAGGUCCUGGGGAUGAUGAAGGGGAAGGUGGGGCCUGGGGGUGGGGGUGGGGGCGUGGCUAUAGCAGGAAGUAAACCCAGUGAAGUGGCAGGGGCCUCCAGUCUGGUCUACCCUGACCACUCCUUCAAGUACUCCCCCAAGUUCCCCCCGGCCACGCUUAAGACCAACAUGUUUCACGUCACCACAUCCAUGCUCCAGCAGAGGGCAGCCCCCUCCUCCACCUCCUCGUCCACAUCCCCUUCCACCUCUCAGGGCUUGAACCGACUGGUCAACGGCUCUGUGGUACCGUCUUGGACCUCCACUGAAACCUCCUCCAUCCCCACCUCCUCCACUUCCAUCUCCUCUCCCUCCUCCACUCCCUCCAUCAACGACGGACUGGCCAGGAAAGAUAUCUGUGACUUUGGGCUCUACUCUGUGUCUGAGGAGAUGGGGGAGGCUGACCUGGAGGAUCUGGACUGUGAUGGAGAGAAGGAGGAGCAGGGUGGAGCGAGGGAGAUGACGUGUACAGAGAAGGAAGAAAACGAAGAGAGGGGAGAGUGA